UCGCGAGGUCAGACAUAGCUGACUCUCCGCGCGGCGUGUAAACCCUCUCGUCGACCUCGAUGGCUGCUUGAGAGCGGCUAGACCGGUCGUCGGACCGGUGGCGGCAGAACCGAGCGCUUGUUUAGCGCCGCGAACCGGCGCCCCCCUCCCGUUCUCGGACCCCACUGUGAUGACGGGCGUGCCCUUUUUCCAAUUUCAUGAGCAGUGCUGCGAGACGGUAAACAGUGCAGCGAAACCCCAGUAUUUCCUAUGCAAGCUCCACGAGUAUUGCCCUUGCGCAGCUGAUCACGGUAAUCUGCCUCAUCUCGGCGUCGUCCCGUGAUUGAUGACCACUGUGCAUGCGUUGAGGGCGACGUAGAAGACUGUCGAUGGGCCGUCCGGUACGCACUGCAGAGGUGAAGAGGAGUGGGGACUCGAGAUCAUUCCUAGCUGGAGAGGUGGAGCUUGGGCGGUGGGGAAGUUUUUUUUUUGGUAAGCUGAAUUGGGAAGCUCAGGUGGAUGGCUUCUCGAGUGCUGGCGGCAGGCGUGUCCGUUGUGGAAUCGAUGGUUUCGCUGGUCAAGCCAGAGUCUAAUGACGCCAUCAAGGCUUGCGGAAGGGCGGCCGCAGAGGGAGUUGGCGGGUACGCUGACGAGGUCCUGCUCCGUUAUUUUGGACCUUUUCUUACUCCAUUGCCUCUUCGAUGCCAAGCCGCACGGCAUAUCGAAGACAACUUGAAGUGUGGUUUGGUCACAGUCCUUGCCGCCUCCUCCUCCUCCUCCUCCUCCUCGUCUUCGGAGCAGCCGUCAUCGCCUUCCUCCAUGGCGUUCGGUGAAGUUAACGGCACUGGCACCUCGGCAAUUCCGUGGAUCCUGGAAGAAAGCGAUCAUCGGCAUCAUUACUCUCGACGUUAUCGAUGUGCUGAUGAGCAGUGCGUGCAUGGUUAUCGUCAUCAUCAGCAUCGUCGGCAUCGUCAGCAUUGUCAGCAUCGUCAGGAUCAUCAGCAUCGUCAGCAUCGUCUUCCAUGUGAGCAGCGGCGGGAGGAGCUACGCCAGCGGCAAAUCGAGGAAACAUAUUUUUUUGAAAUCCACGAUAGCACUCUGUUGACCAAACGAGAUAACCCGACACGCAACUUCAGCCCUGACUGGGACACAACUGAGAAUUUUUGGUCGGAUGUGUGGUCCCUCUCGUUCUCACCGGCGGAUGGGUCGUUGUUCUUCCUCAUGAGCGAUCGCUUAUGGAGGGUCAAAACGGAGGGGCCAAUGGAAAACGGCGGUGAUGAUGUGUCGCUAGUGCGAGGGCCCUGGCGACCAGAAGGCGCGGUUGAGUAUUUGCAAGCGUUUGCACUGAUGGAUGAUGAAGAGGUGUCAUCGGCGGCCAAGAACAAGUCGCUGAACCGCAAUGCGAUUGUAGGGGAUAGCUUCAACCUCUCUCUGCGUGCGUUUAACGUCGACAAUGGUUCUGUUGCUCCGCCAUUCUCUGUUCUAGAUUACAGAGCGAUUACCCUAGGGGAAGCAAUCGUCAGUUUGGCUUGGGACUCCACCCGUCGCGUCUUGUACGGAUCGUCAUGGAGUGCACUCUACCGAAUGAACCUUUCGGUCACCACUGCACGGAAGCCCGUGCUGGAGAGAUGGGUAGGUCCUGAUUUGAACUUCUAUGCUCUUGAGGAUAGCAGAGACGAUCCUAGGGCCGUCAGAUUCUACGGUCCCUACUUUGGUUCAUCGGCAAUAUCUGCGGACGGGGAUUUUCUGUACGUGGCCGAUCGGCUCAAUCACGUGAUUAGGCGGGUCACAACGAGCUCCGGAGCUGUGGAGACGAUCGCUGGCGGAGGCUUUCCUGUUAGCCUGGAUGCCAAUGUUACUUAUGCGAGGUUUGACCAGCCCGUGGGGGUGGCUGUAACGUCCGACGGAUGCAAUUUAUUUGUUUCAGAGAUGGGUAGAGGAGGACGACUGCUGCUGCUCACACUCGAGUAUCAUGGUGGGCCAGCCGUCAGUGUUCGUACUGUUGCCAGGAAAAAGCUUUCAGAUUCUGUCGGCUUUGUCUAUUUGCUGAUGGGUAUGACCAUCACGCCCGACGACAAGGUGCUCUAUGUAGGUACUGCGAGAUACACUGUUUUCGAGCUUCGGAUCAAUACUUCGGCCCUGCCUCCUUGCAGCGCCGUCCCGGAGCCUCCAUCUCCUCCUCCUCCACCUCCUCCUGCUGCCCCUCCUUGCGCACCUCCCCCUGCACCUCCUCCUAUUUCUGCUCCUGCUUCAAAAGGCGUCCUCAUCGCGGGGGUUGCGGCGUCUGUCCUUGUCGUCCUCCUAGCUGCUGUCGUCGCCGGCAUCGUGGAGAGGAGGUGGCGCUGCUUGCGAUCUCGUUUUUCGCGAGGUGAACGACAAGGCACUUUAUUGGGAUCGGGUCCGGCAAAUCACCCGCGGAGUUCAACGCGCAGGUCGUCCCCCGCGUGGAGCACGUGGAGCGAGGAGGUACGCGAGCAGCAGAAGUCGAGUGGAAACGACGGAGCUGUGGUGCAACUGAAACGGCCUCUCCUAGUGGAAAGGUACUCGUUCGAGGAGAUCCAGGAAGCGUGCGACGGCUUCAGUGCCGCGCGAUUGGUGGGGAGGGGGGGGGCGGCUGACGUGUACAAGGGCCAGCUCAGCAACGGGCAGGUGGUGGCCGUGAAGAUGAUGAAAGGCGAUUUCUCGCGGGCGAAGUUCCGCCAGUUCCAAGCGGAGCUGGAUGUGCUGGGCACACUCCGUCACAGCCAUCUCUGCAGCAUCAUCGGCUUCUGCGAAGACGGAGAGAAGUCGUUGAUCAUCUACUCCCCGUUCGCGGAGGGAGGGACGCUGUACGACCGGCUGAACUGCGCUCCUACUGCCUCUACGGCCGCCGGCGAGGGUGAGGACGAAGACGCGUCAGGCCACAUUUUUGCCGCAAAGAGCGUGGCAGAACGAGAGGGGAGUCUAUCUGCCAGCAGCAGCAGCAGCAGCAGCCCCGGCGUCGGCCGGCGGGGACCUCUGAGCUGGCAAGAUAGGGUCUCCAUUGCCCAGCAGAUUGCUCGAGCGCUGCGCUAUCUUCACGAAGAGGUAGACCCACCGGUAAUUCACAGAGACGUCAAGAGCAAGAACGUGUUGCUCGAGGAUGGACCAACAGGGGAAGGUGGGGGGGGAAGGGAGGGCGAGGGGGGAGGACACAGGAAGACAGGAGUGAGGGCUUAUCUCUCCGACUUCGGCCUUGCGAAGGUGGGGCGAAGCGUUUUUGGUCGCUUCCCAGCGGGCGAGUCCGUGGAGACGUACAACGUGGCAGGGACACUGGGAUACAUGGCCCCUGAGUACUACACCUCAGUCAGACUCACCACCAAGAAUGAUGUCUACGCUUUCGGGGUGGUCCUGCUGGAACUCAUAACGGGUAGAAAACCAUUCGCUGGUUCACCGCCUACUGCUGACAGCAAGACUAGGGAGCAGCAGAUGGGGAAGCAGGAGGGAGGGAUCGAUCUUGCGUCCUGGGCGACCAGAGUGCUUGGUGGCUCGUUUCCCCUCAGCACAGACAGGGAUAAAUCAGACACGUUAGAAAGAUCAGUCAUGCUAGCGCCAAAAACCAAGCUGAACAUCGGAGAAAGGUUUGUGGAAGGUGUUCGGCAGAUUGCGGAUAGGGAGCUGCUGAGGAAAGAAGGACAUGUGAACUGGAGUGCAGUUUGCAGCAUGGCGGAGAUUGCCAUGGCGUGCAUCUCGCACAGUCCGGAGCAGCGACCGCGGGUGAGCGUCGUCAUCGAAAGGCUAAUGCAAUUGGAUGACGACGAAGGCGGAUCGCGACGGUGAUGGUGAAAUCCAUGGGAGGCAUUUAUUAGGGACGCCAUCGAAAGGAAAUGUGCAGAGCUUGGCUAAUCUUUGGGCCCCGCCACCACAGCACUCUCCGGUUCACGAAAUUUUGCGCAAGUGCUCCCGCCGAAAGUGAAAUCCCCCUUGAGAGUGCCUUCCUUUUGAGAGUGCCACACAGCACUCUCAAACGGAAGUGAAAUCCCCCUUGAAAGUGCCUUUUGAGAGUGCCACACUGCACUCUCAAACGGGGCGCACUCCAGCUCUGGAAAUGACCGUUGCCACUCGAGGUCUCGGUUGUGAAUCUAUUUCGAUGUGCUGAUAUUGACGUUCUAUUGAUGACUGCUGUCGACGAAGUCCUUUGACUCCUACGUAGACACUGCUGUUACUUGAUGGGGUUGGGGGAAGAUGAGAAGGGAGGCACCCUUACUGGCAUAUGGUCGGUCCUUGUGUUAGCCGGACCCCCACCUGUGGACCCAACCCUGCACCCUAAACCACU